AUGAAAGAGUGCCAUCCAACAGCUACUCCAAUGAAUCAAAAGGAGAAGUUUUGCAAAGAAGAUGGAGCUGAAAAGAUUGAUGAAAAGCUGUACAGAAGCUUAAUAGGAUGCUUGAUGUAUUUAACAAGUACCAGACCAGAUAUCAUGCAUUCAGUGAGUUUGCUAUCAAGGUACAUGCAUUGUCCAAGUGAAAUUCAUUUUCAAGCAGCAAAAAGAAUUCUUAGAUAUGUUAGAGGAACCACUGAUUAUGGAAUAAGAUACAGGCAAGUAAAAAGCUUCAGCUUUCAUGGUUAUUCUGAUAGUGAUUGGGCAGGAUGUGUUGAUGACAUGAGAAGCACCUCUGGUUAUUGUUUUACUCUUGGUUCUGGAGUUUUUUCAUGGUGUUCUAAAAAGCAAGAAAUUAUAGCUCAGUCUACAGCGGAAGCCGAGUAUGUAGCUGCUGCUGCUGCUGUGAAUCAAACUCUUUGGAUUAGGAAAAUCAUGGCAGAUUUGCACAUGGAACAACAUGGUAGCACUCAGAUUUUGGUGGACAAUCAGGCUGCAAUUGCAAUAUCCAAUGAUCCAGUGUUUCAUGGAAAAACAAAGCACUUCAAGAUAAAGCUUUAUUUUCUAAGAGAGGUUCAAAGGGAAGGAGAAGUGAAGCUAAUCUACUGCAAGACAUAA